GCAGGCUUGACUUUGGCUCUGUAACAAUACCGAGCCUUAGUCCAGUUCAUAGACCUCCUGAUCAGCUGGCUUAUAGUCCAGACACUGAAUCGGUUGACCCAGCAGGCUGUGAGUCCAUCAACAGACCACUUGACCACCGAGUCUGCAGCCCUGACAGGCUUAUUCCUGCCUCCUCCACCCAACUGUUUCCUGCUUAUGGAGCACAGAGUACCAACGGGGAGGAGAGGAUAACGAUCCCAGAGUACAGGAGAGAGGUAUCACCAGUAAGACAGAUGACCACUGUUAGAUUAUCACCUCCCAGGUUAAAGCAGGACUAUCAGCAACAGUUGGGAUAUGUUGAAACAGAACUGGACCAAAUCCCACCUCCCAACAAGGUGCCAAGACUAGAGAGCAAAAGAACAAUAAUGGACAAGAACCCCAUUAUCUGUGACCUUUGUGAGGUUGAGUUAGCGAAUGGUCAGGAGUUGGAGGAUCACUUAGAGAGUAAGAGUCACUGGGACACGCUGGAGCACAUUCAGCAACACAAUAAUUAUGAUGAUAUCGUCAUAGCCUUCCUACAGGACGUCAUGCUGUUUAAAAGCCGUCAGUGUAGUCGAGCGAUAGAGGAUUGUGCACUUCAAGCUCUGCAGGAAAAUGACCACAUGACAAAAAUCGAACUCUUCCACUGUGCAGCUUGCAAAGCCUUCGUCUCCACAUCGGCAUCCUCAGUCCAGGCCCACAUAACCUCCCAGGAACACCUCAGUAACACACAGGAGUUUGAAGCGCGACAGAGUCAUACAUGCCUGAACAAAGCAGAAACCAUGAUGAAGGAGCUGAAACCUCAGUUUGAACACUUCCUGCAGGUAUUUCAAGAGUAAAUAUUUCAAAACAGGUUCUUGGAAAAAGAUUUUAAGAAUUAAAGAAGAGCCAAAAGGAUCCGCCCCGAUCAAUACUCUCAUUCAUUACUGUGUACUCAGUGUAUUUGUUCCGUUCCCUGCUUUGCAGCAUUUCACAAAUAACAUCAACGAUUCCCUACAGUUACCAGCUGUCUGACCUUUACUCUAUUUGUAUACAUUGUUACUGAACUUUUGCUGCUU